AUGGCGGAGCAGGUGCCCGUGUACACGGCGGCGCAGCUGACCGAGAUGCUCUCUGGGAUCUUGCACUCCACGGACAACAACGAGCGUCGCAGCAUCGAAGGCACCGUGAUGCGUUCCUUGACGGUCUCGGCGAAUCUUGUUCAACUUCAGCAGGAGCUCCGUCGCCUCCUCCUCGCUCAGCUCGGCAACGAACCGGUGCGGGUGGUGCGUUUUGCGAUUGCCCACAUCGUCUCCCGGCUUGCCAAGGCGGACGCCGACCACGCGACCGAGGACGACAAUGCUGCUGUGUGGCCAGAACUUCAGCAGGCGAUUCGUGGGGCCGCGGAAGACCCGCGGGUGGAGAUGCGAGAGCUAUCGAUGGUGCUUGUGUACAGCGUCGCAGAGGUGUUCUAUGGGAGGAGCGCGUUUAGCGGAUUAGCGGCAGAGGCGGUGGUCUACGGCCUUGCCGACUCGGAGACGUCGGUGCAGUCGGCCGCCGUGAAGGCGGUCAUGAUGCUGCUGCCCUCCCUCGCGACUGAUGCAAAGGUCUAUGUGCCGUUUCUGCAGCAGGUGGUGCCGCAGUGCCUGAGCAUUCUCACGCAACACGCCGCGGCCAAGGACGGCGGCAAGUCAACAGCGCUGUGCGUCACCGUGCUGGACUUGAUGGAGCAGCUCCUUGAUGACCUCUCCGUGAAGAAAAACGGCGGGGUUAUCGCGGCCAUUGUGAACCAGCUGCUGUUGGUGCUCUCCAACCCCGCGACUAACCCCCGCGUGCGGCAAAACUGCGGCACCACGCUUGCCGCGCUCGUCUCCGCGAAGCCUAAGUUUGUGGUCUCCCAGGGGCUGCUGGGCCCCAUGGUCCAGUGCUGCGUGACGCUUAUGUCUGAGGACGCCACCAUCAGUCUCCCGGAUGAGGAAAUGAUGGGCGACGACGACGACGACGUGGGCGGCGGCGAGGACGGCGAGGAUGACGACGAGGACCUGGACAUGCUCCACGUGCACCCCGUGUGCAGAAUUGGUGUGCAUGUGCUGAUCAGCCUCGCCAGUGCCGUUGCGAACGCGACUUUUGCCUCGGCGCUGAUGCCUUUUGUGUCCGCCGUGGUGGAGGGAAAACCGUUCCCUGGCGUGCAAGUCGAGGAUCCGCUCGUGCGGAAGUCGGCCAUCCUCGCGAUGGCUUGCCUGGCCGAGGGGAAUCCGAGCUACCUCCGCCGCCGCGUGGGCUUCGUCCUGCGGGUGGUGAAGCUCUACUUCGCCGACAGCCACCCCGUAGUGCGAGAGUCGGCCGCCUUUGCGCUCUCGUCCUUCUGCCUCCACCUCCAGCCGGAGAUCUUGACGCACCACGCGGAGAUUCUACCCAUGCUCGUGUCACUGCUGAGCGACCCGAGCGACCUCGUGCGGUGCCGCGCGGCCGACGCGCUCGACACGCUCUGCGAGAACCUCGCCGAGGACCUCGAGCCCUACCUGUCCACCGUGCUGCCUGCCGUCCUUCAGGCGAUUGGCGGCAGCUCCCUUUUCACUCAAAGGGACUGUGCGGCGUGA